AUGGAUUUCUUGGUGAAGAUCUGCAAAGCGUACGAGGUGAAGCAAUCGCAAAUAUUUCUCAAGAGAGGUUAGACGAGAGAGGGGGUUUCCACUCCAGAGUACCUGAUGGAUGUUUACAGAGGCUCAGCAAGGAGAAGAAGGCCAAAAACAGCAGUACGCGACACGCUCAAAAUAAAAGCAUGAAAGCUGCUAACAGAUACAGAAUGUAG